AUGCGUCGGGCUGUUCCCGAUGCUCCAAGUCUAGCCCUGCCAUUCCUGGACGAGUGCCGGCCCUUCGACCAGAACACUCCCCUCCCUUGGAUCUCGACGACCCCGACUUUCGACCUUGAUGGGGAUAAUACGAACCCACUCUACUCCUACAAGUUUCAGAAGGGAGUUGCAGACAACCACGGGAAGCCAUCAGAUGCCCAGCGUUACAGCAAAUCAACGGGAUCACAGACGGCUCGUUACCCGCUUGCGGGUGUCACUAGCUUGGACGGAAAAGACCCCGCUUCGGUUGCCAGAAUUCUCAACGGCAAUAUUGCAGCUUGGCUGAGCGGAAAGAUCCAGAUUGACGGCAAGGCGUCGCUAACGUCAAUCCCGGAUACUGUCUCCAUCGUCUCGAGAUACAAGGCCAGUCUUGGUGCCCCCAACUACACGCUAUUCUCGAACAAGGCUUCCAGGGGCGAGUGGCUUCAUAAUACGAAAGGCUCACUGGAGAGCAAGUUCCAUACUUCUCUUGAAGACCCACACAACGCUGUUCAUCUUGCCAUUGGAGGUUUCUAUCAAGAUGGAGAAGAGAACGCUAAACCUGUUGAGGAUUUCCAUGGUGACAUGGGAGAGAACGAAACCGCUAGCUUCGACCCCAUCUUCUUCCUUCACCAUGCCUUCAUUGACUAUGUCUUCUGGACAUGGCAAGUCAAGCACCGCCUUACCAAGCCGGGUAGCCUGUUAGUGAAGCCCAACAUCACAGCGGGAACACUCAGCGCAGGAAGCCCUUCCGGAUGCAUCAGCGACCCUGUGUUCUACACUUCAGACGACAUCACCGACAUCAAUCAGUUGGGAUACAUGUAUGGCGAGGGUUCCCUUGACCUUCUGACCAGUGGGCCCGUUCUGGGCGACCCUGAGCUUCCACUUGUCGCUGUCGCCCGCGUCGGUGGCAUCAGCACCAUGUUCCAUGAGGGAUCGUUUGUCAUCCGUACCUCUGCCAAGCUUGCCGACGGUCGUGAGAUUGAGAUUGACAGCGACGCAAUCCUCAGUCGAUGGGUUCUCGCAAAUUGCAAUAACUGUCAGAAGAACAAGCUUGAGACGUAUACUUACAUCCCUUUUGGCGCGGAUCUGAUGAGGGCAAUUGGAGCUGAGACUAAGGAGGACAUCCAUAGCAAGCUCACUGUCUUCAUCCAGACGCGCGGACAGAAUGCACCAGUCAAGGACUCAUUCAGUGCUCUGCAGCCUCUGAUCGAAAUCUUUUAA